AUGGUUUUGUGCAAGCCCACCACGAACGAUCUCUCCGCCUGUUAUUUUCCAGGAGAGCCAAUUACGUCUGAUGAAAUUUUCAAGGUGCUUGGGAAGACGAAAGAUCAGGUAGAUCAAGAACUCGACGCAGAAGCCCUUUCUCGACAGCUCAAGAAAGGGUUAGCCGCGUGCAAGAAUGUUGUUGAAGCAACGCUCCAGGGCUAUGUCAAGACCUUUUUGACUCGCUACGGACAAUCGCGCAUGGAAAACGGUGGUUGGCCGCUGCCUCCAUCCAAGAAGUCGAAGGAACACAAGCGCAACGUCGCUCUCGUCACCAAGUUCCUGAAGAACUCGUCUGAGUACACUGGUUUUUGUCUCAUCGUCUAUGCAGAGGAUAUUCCGGAAGAGAAAAAACCUCGUCUUGAACUAGAGCCUGCGUCUUCAAUCAUCGAUGUUGAAAUGGCGACCGAUUAUCAGCAGGAGGCGAUCAAUUUCAUUCGAUCAUUUGAUGCUUUUGGCAAGGAAGAUUACGAAAAGCUUGUCGAAGCGCUCAGACAUCGCCGGCAGAAUACAACCGAAGCAGUCACCACCUCCAUGUCUCAACUUUCGACGUCUGAAACGCCCGCGUCUCAAGCACCUUCGUCACAAGCAGCCCCAUCUCAAGCAUCAACAAGCUCAGAAUAUCUUCCUGCAGUAGGUGGACGCAACUACGAACGUGUCGAAGAUGAUGUGAUCGCGAAAGCACGACUUGUACGAGGCUGUGUCGAAUUGAACGUCUCGAGCCGCUCGAUGAUCGCUAUCGCAGAAAUGUACGGCUUUCCUUCCGUCACCGAUCGAACGGCUCGCAUUUGGAUUGGCGCCACUGAACGACUCCAUAGCGAACACCUCCUUGAAGUCAUUCGUCUUGACAAGCCGUUUGGACUUGGCUUUGACGGGUCCAAGCUGGCCAUGCAGAAGUAUGAAGUUGUGACUGUUCUCGUCCCAGGUGAGCAGAACUUCUGCAUGGCGAUGCUUCCGGUGGCAACGGAGAAUGUCGACAUUGUGAUGAACGCCUUCACCAAGCUCUUCGACUCUCUUCCGGCCGAUCUUCAGACGACAUUUGCGAAGAAUUGCAAAUUUCUGAUCAACGAUAACGCCGCUGUGGCAAAAUCGAUUGCAAAGAAGGUGGAUGCGUUUUUGUCGACGAAGUAUAGUCUCAAGCGAGAGCAUCUUACUUGCUCGAUGCAUUCUGCCAUGCACCUUGAACGCACGUUGGAGGCAUCUCUUGUCGACGAAGCAUCCCGCUGCUAUGUCUUGAUGAAGGGUCUUCUUACCACCAGCCGCACACAUGGAUACCAAGGUAGCCUGGGAAACAAAUUUCAGUUGUUUCUUGAAGGAGUUAAAAUUAAAAGAGGCCUCGACAUCCCAAUCACGCCGUUUCAACUGGAGCAGAACAUCCGAUUUGGUGUUUUCUACCGUAAUGCCGCUGUCGGAUGCGUUACUUACGAUUUGAUCGUUGAGUUUUUGGCUCUCGAAGGCAAGGAAAAAGAGGCCGAAAUCGUGAAGAAUGCCAAGCCAGUCUACAUUCCUGAGCUUGUGAGUGUGCACCUCCUUUGGAAUCAUCUCUGCCUCUUCUUUUGGACGGAAACGGCGAAGGAAGCGACGCUCGAUGAAUACAAGAAGCUCAUCAAAACGUUUCAAGAGACUGUCGAGCUUGUACGAGACGCUGCAUGCCCAGCACUGUUUCUAACUUCUGAGGGCAAUCCGAUGACGCGCAACGGAGAUAAUGGGAUUCCCGGCUUUUCUCAGCUUCUCAACUCGAUUCUUGACGAUGAAAGUGGGGCUGCUGAUUUGAAUGAGCGAAUUCGACGAAAGCUCGACCCUCUCCUUGCCACUUUCAGCCGUUUCGAGCAGCUUCCGAAGGAAGAUAUUGAGGGCCUUGUUGCAUUGACAAAUGUUCAUGCUGAACGCUGCUUCAGCAUUGCCAAGGACACCUUUGUCUCGAAGUUCAACUCAACAAAGCUCGCCUCCGUCUUCUGCUGCCGAAUUAAUUCAACUCUGAGCCACUUCAUGGACGAUGAGGAGACUCUACGUCGCUGCUUCCGAGGACUCUAUGCAGAUGAAAAGCGGGGCUCCGAUGUUAGGAAGUCUGCCCACGCUGCUGCGGUGAGCGAAAUGAUGGAGACCAUCGACAAAGAGGCAAGUCUUAAGGCUCGUCUCCAAGGGCUUACGGAACUUGCGGUUGCACUUGAUGCACUACCAAAGGAUGCUUCGAAGUUCGAUGCUGCUUUCCAGGCAUUCACGAAGGCGAACGCAGUUGUUGCCGAUUUCGGAGUGGUCACACGCGAUGAAGCUUACGAUUCAUUUACCUCUGCGAUUCGACUUAAAAUGACCGAUGAGCAGAAGGAGACUGCGGCGAACAAAGUCAAAGAGGCAAACAAGAAGCGCAAGCAGCACAAGAAAAGUAUCUUUCUUGCUUACCAUUCUGUGCUUUUCUCUGAAUAA